UCCCGUCCAACGGGACCUCGACCGAAUGGUCCCGCCUUCCUUCCUUCCUUCCUCCGGUCUAGACUCCCCCGCCCCGCCUCCCUACCCGUUUCCCGUGAAAGUCCGGGCCUCUGCGUAUCGGGAUGAGCUGCGCUGCUUCCCCAUGGAGACAAAGCGGGCCGAGAUUCCCAGCAGCGUCCUGGACGACCUGUGCAGUCGAUUUAUUUUGCACAUCCCCAGUGAGGAGCGAGACAAUGCAAUCCGUGUGUGUUUUCAAGUUGAACUGGCCCAUUGGUUUUACUUGGAUUUCUACAUGCAGAAUACACCAGGAUUACCUCAGUGUGGGAUAAGAGAUUUUGCUAAAGCUGUUUUUAAUCAUUGCCCCUUUUUACUGCCUCAAGGUGAAGAUGUGCAGAAGGUUUUAGAUGAAUGGAAAGAGUACAAAAUGGGAGUGCCAACCUAUGGUGCAAUUAUUCUUGAUGAAUCUCUUGAAAAUGUGCUGCUGGUCCAAGGAUACUUAGCAAAGUCUGGCUGGGGAUUUCCAAAAGGAAAAGUGAAUAAAGAAGAGGCUCCGCAUGAUUGUGCUGCUAGAGAGGUGUUUGAAGAAACUGGCUUUGAUAUAAAAGACUACAUCAAUAAAGAUGAUUAUAUUGAAUUACGAAUCAAUGAUCAGCUGGCACGCUUGUACAUCAUUCCAGGAAUUCCAAAGGAAACAAAAUUUAAUCCCAAAACAAGGAGAGAGAUUCGGAAUAUUGAAUGGUUUUCAAUUGACAAACUACCGUGCCAUAGAAAUGAUAUGACUCCGAAGUCCAAGCUAGGUUUGGCACCUAACAAGUUUUUUAUGGCAAUUCCUUUCAUCAGACCACUGAGAGACUGGCUUUCUCGACGGUAUGGAGAUUCCUCAGACAGUGACAAUGGAUUUGCAUCUACCUGUAGCGGCACUCCACCUAAACUCAGUAUAGAAAAAAUGAGAUCCAAACUCCAUUAUAGCCAGCAGGUGUUCCCAGAUAAUCUUGCUGGAGACCAAUGGACAAGGCAUAGGCAGUUACAGCAACAGAAGCCAUUUAACAAUCAUUUGGAGGUGUCUGAAACUUUAAAACUAAAAAACACACGGGGCAAUGGCAGGAAGCAAUACCAAGACACACCUAAUCAAAAGAAAAGAACAAAUGGAGUCCAUGGUCAGCUGUCUAAACAAAACCAAACUUCGAAAUGUGAAAAGAAGUUGCAUCCAAGAAGACUUCAAGAUAAUUUUGAAACAGAAGCAGCAUAUGACAUGUGUUGUGUGAAUGAAGACCAGCUCCUAGAACCCGGACAAUCAAUGUCAUGUAACGGCCAUUGCAAAUUCCCAUUCUCCUCACAAGCUUUUCUGAGUUUUAAGUUUGAUCAAGAUGCUAUAAUGAAAAGUUUUGACCUCUGAUGCCUGUUCAUUUGCACAGUUCUGUCAGAGACUUGGCCCAGAGCAUUUGAACAGGUUUCUUAAAUCCAGCCUUUACCGUUUCUCAGGUUUUAAAGCAGUGCAGGGACCUAGUGAUGGGCUGGAAGGCUUUGUCCUCCUUGCAGUUAUGGGAGAGGCUCCACACAGUGUUGUACUUUAAAUGCAGUGUAGCUUAUACCUGCAAAAAUGCUUUCCAGUUUAUCAUUUGCUAGAUCCUAACUAUGCAUUACAGGGCAUUUAUUCAUUUGUUUGGUGUGCUCUAUGUUUACUUUUCAGAGAUGUAUUUCAAAGCCUAGUGAGUUAAUCUCUUACACAUUUAGGUUUCUUCUCAUGCAUAGUCUGUCUUGAUUCUGAGACUUCACUACGAGGUUGAAAUGCCGGAGGACACCAAUGCUGUAUAUUUCUGUUAUGGUUGGAGUUUUUGUGGCUUUUUAUGCAAAAGGCAAAUAUGAGUACAGAAUUGUUCUUUCUUGAGUUAUCUGGCUUUUAAAGCCAAUUCCAUUCCUUUGUGUUUUUUCGUUUGUUUUUGGUAAUGUAUUGGAAAUUCUCUAUAUAGAGAUGUUUAAAAAAUUUAUUGAUAUAAUGGAAUGGUGAAUUCUGCUCAGUAAUUGUUUUUCUCACUCUAGUGAGCGAUAGCCAUUGGUAUUCAAGCAUGGCCAAUUUUGUUUCCUUGUACUAAUUUUCUUAUAGAAAUGACUAAUCAACUGGAAGAAUUGUAGCUCCUUUUGAAGAUGCAACCUGGGAAAAAUUAAUUUGAGGAGAUAAUUUUGGCAUAGAGAAUUAUAGACUGCUGACUGUACUUUUAAGGGAGAAUUCAAAACAUGGCAGUGCAUUGUUUAUAACAACUCAAAGCAAUCAUAUAGAGGCCUGGGAGGAACAGCAGCUCUGCUACCAUUAUCACAAGUCCUCCUGGCUGCGUCAGCCUAAGCAUAAGAUGUAUUUGAGCAGUUUUACCCAGGCAGAUAUUUGUAUUUGACAUCUCAUUUGGGGGUGGAGUGAGUGGAUGAUGGGCCCAGGUUGCUGGAAAAAGAUUCAGAACCAACCCUUCACCACUCUUACAUCUGUCCUACAAAGCGGAAUGCUAGCUGGUAGGAGUCUCCAUGGCAAUGGAGAUCCUCUUUGCUGGUGGAGAAGCCCUUUUGCCACAUUCUACUUUCCUCCAACAGACUAUAUUAGGGGGUAUGAUUGCACUGCUAAUUAGAUUUGUAAGCAUACAUUCUGUGGUACAUUACCCCAUUUCGCUAACAUAUUUAUCUGAUGUAAUGUGAGUUUGCAUCAAAACUGUUGUCAUAAGAAUGCAUGAUGCUGCAAGAAUACAUGAAACUUCAAAAUUUUAAUUUGUGGGGGGAAAUUAGCAACCCUGAUCACAAGAAUACUGAAAUUAAAACAUUAUUCCAUAGUUAUACAUAGGCAUGCAGACGUGGAUGCAACUUGUCUACAAAGCUGCUGAUGAAUUUUAGUGCUGUUCAGUGCCCUGAUUUACCUUGACAUUUUGUAUUGAUGGCAUUUAUUGAAUAUUUGCUUUUCAAUAACUGUCCUAAGGGCUUAGAGUUCAUGUUGGGCUGUUGAGUAGAGCAUCUAUAUUUUGCAUACAGACAAUGAAGCAUGCAGCCUGUUUUGAAAAUCCCUUUCAAUCCAUUGUAUUCUCUUGCUAAAAGGAUUCUACAGUGAAGUUCUAUAUCUAAAAUUAUUAAACUAUGUGUUUCUUCUGCAUGGUUAGGAAAGAGCUGGCAAUUAAGUAAAAUAAAUUUAGCUUCUAGGCUGUUUCUUUAAACUAUUAAAUGAUAGGCUCUCCUACAGAUUGUAUGCCUGUCCACCACAUCCCAGAAUUUAUUCAUAAAUAUAGGUUUAUUAAAUGUACAUACUUGACAAGAUGAGGCUGGUUGAAGGGCUUUUUGAAGGGCAGAAAUAGAAUGCUUAACUCAGUAAACUCUCACUCAUUACAAAUGAGACUUCCAGGCUGCUUGUAUGCCAGUCCUUUUGAUACGUGUCUUGACUUCCCAGGAGUGUUACUUUUGUGUGGCUUCUUGUCUGAUAUGCUAUAGAUCAGUGGUUCCCAACCUUGGGUAAUCUAGGUGUUCUUGGACUGCAGUUUCAAAAAGCCUUCACCUCUAGCUGUGCUGCCCUUGGUUUCUGAGGGUUGCAGUCCAAGAAUACCUGGGUUAUUCAAAAGUUCGGAACCAUUGCCAUAGGUGAAUUACAUGAAUCUUGGAAAAGAAAUGGAUUCCUUUAGGUGAAUAUUUAGAGUACUUAAUGAAUACUUCUGCUAGCAUACGUGAGAGGAAGCCUGUAAAGUGAUAUAUCUUGGUAUUAAAGAGUGUGUCAAUUCUGUCUUGACAUUUCAGUAUAUGGGCCAGUAUCCUGUUAAGAAUGAAUCAUGGAAGUGUUCCCCUUCACUCUGGUAGACCAGUGGUUCUUAACCUUGGGUUACUCAGGUGUUUUUGGACUGCAACUCCCAGAAGCCUUCACCACCAGCUG